GGACUAUGACUCUUUUGGAUAAAUAGAUUAAAAUACUUGGUAUGAUUAUGUAGUGCAACUGAUUUUGCAUGAAGUAUUACUGUUGAAUUUAUUACUAGCUAGCUACGAAACCUCGAGAGAUUUUUGGGUUUUAUAAGCCUUAUUGGCUCAUAAAUAAGGUGCAGAGCUCACGGCUCGACUCUCUCCUGUUUUAUACAAUGGAUAAGAGUUGGAUAUCAAAUAAAUCUAUAACUAAGGAGGAGUACAUUAGAGGGGUUUUAAGUUUUAUGGAUUUUGCUUUUGCUAACUCAUCCGAAAAUGGAAAAAAAUUUUGUCCCUGAAAAAAAUGUGUCAAUUGCUACAAGCGUACUCGGAUGGAUGUCUAUGAACAUGUAAUCAAUCAUGGCUUUCUAAAAGGUUAUAUUCAUUGGAUCUUUCAUGGUGAGAAAGAAAACCCUUCUAACCCUCUAUGUGCAUCUGAAGUAGAACACGGAUUUGAUCAUGACAUGGAUGCAUUAAUUCAUGAUGCAUUUCCAAUGCAUACGAAUAGUGAUAAUGAUGAUGAUGCAUAUACAAAUAUAGAGGACAGGGGUCCUGAAGUAUUCACAAACAACCAUAAUGCUCAACAAUCUGAAGAGGGUGAUAAUUCAAAAAAGUUCUUUAAGUUAUUGAAGGAGGCAGAGCAAAAUCUUUAUCCCGGUUGUAAGUUCUCAAAACUAUCCUUCAUCGUACACUUGUACCACGUAAAGUGUAUGAAUGGAUGGACUGACAAAAGCUUCUCAAUGUUGCUAGAACUGUUAAGUGAUGCAUUUCCUGAGGAAAAUACUUUGCCCAAGUCAUUUUAUGAGACAAAGAAGAUUAUUUCGAGGUUGGGUUUGUCAUAUGAAAAAAUUCAUGUUUGUCCAAACGAGUGUAUAUUGUAUUGGAGGGAUUUGGCUCAUCUUAAUGUUUGUCCUAAAUGUGGUCUCUCAAGAUGGAAAGUUAACUUAGAUGAUGUGGAAGGUAGAAAAAAGAUACCUUUAAAGGUUCUUCGUUGGUUUCCUCUUAAGGCUAGAUUACAAAGACUUUUUAUGUCAUCGAAAACAGCUUCUUUUAUGACAUGGCAUAAAGAUAAUCAAUCUAAAGAUGGACUCAUGAGACAUCCAGCUGAUUCUUUUGCUUGGAAGGAUUUUGAUCGUCGAUAUUCUGAUUUCUCUCGUGAUGCUCGUAACGUUCGACUGGGUUUAGCUUCUGAUGGCUUUAAUCCUUUCAAAACCAUGACAAUUUCUCACAGCACUUGGCCUGUUGUCUUGAUUCCAUAUAAUCUUCCACCGUGGAUGUGUAUGAAGCAACCAAACUUCAUACUCUCGCUGCUUAUUCCUGGUCCAAAAGGUCCAGGUAAUAAUAUUGAUGUAUAUAUGCAGCCUCUUAUCGAAGAAUUAAAGGAAUUAUGGGAAAUUGGAGUCAGAACCUUUGAUGCAUGUAAAAGGGAGUCAUUUCAAAUGCGUGCUGCGAUCAUGUGGACUAUAAAUGAUUUCCCUGCCUAUGCAAAUUUGUCAGGUUGGAGUACGAAAGGUCGAUAUGCUUGUCCAUGUUGUGGUUUUGACACAACCUCUAAGUGGUUGCGUUAUAGUAGAAAGUUUUGUUAUAUGUGUAAUCGACGUUGGUUAGAGCCUGGCCAUAAAUGGAGAUACAAUAAAGGACAUUUUGAUGGAAACCAAGAGUUUCGAGCACCACCUGAGCUACCCAAUGGAACUAUUGCUUUGAAACAAAUGGAAGAUCAUGGAAUUGGGACACCGUCACCAUGGAAAAAGAAAUGUAUUUUGUUCACAUUGCCUUAUUGGGAAUAUAAUGUUCUUCGUCAUAAUCUUGAUGUGAUGCAUUUUAAAAAAAAAUGUAUGUGAUAACAUCAUUGGAACCUUGCUGGAUUUGGAACGAAAGUCAAAGGAUAACGAUAAGGCACGUUAUGACCUUAUAGACAUGAACAUAAGAAGUCAGCUACACCCAAGGAUACAUCAAUGUAAUGGUAAAAAGUAUUUGCCUAGAGCUUGUUAUCAGAUGACAUCAAAGGAGAAAGAAUCAUUCUUGGAAGUGCUGAAGAAUUUGAAAGCUCCAGAUGAAUAUUUGUCUAGUAUUCCAAGAUGUGUGCAAGUGAAGCAACGCAAAAUAUCUGGCCUCAAAAGCUAUGACAAUCACCUUCUAAUGCAAGAGUUUCUUCCAAUAGCUAUGAAAGGUUGUUUGCCCGACAAAGUGACUAAAGUUAUAAGUGAGCUUUGUAAUUUCUUCAAAGAGCUAUGUGGCAAGGUGCUUAAUGAGCAUAAUUUGGAGGGCUUGGAGCAUCGAGUAGCUAAAACGUUGUGCCAAUUAGAAAAGAUUUUCCCUCCAUCUUUUUUCACUGUAAUGGUGCAUUUUCUUACAGGCAAACUUCCACGACAUGCUAGUUCAAAUAUUUCAUCUCAACGCACUAAUUCAGAAGAUAGACUUCAAAAAGUAGAAAGUGUACUUGGAAAUCUUGUUGCUGUGCUUCAAAUGCGAUUUUCUGAUGAUCCACAAAUUAAUGCUGUCUUACAGGCUGUAGCUCAAGAGGUACCUGAUGUUGCAAGUGCUCCAAAUGGUUCUAUUGGUAAUAAUCAACAAACUACAAGUGGCACUGGUUCACUGCACUUUUAAGGUAUUAUCUUUCAAUGAGGGUAAAUGUGUGUUCACUAAUUAUGUGCUAGCUGCAACUUUUUUCCUUCUUCUUUGUCAUGAAUUAAAACUUACGUGACUGCGAGUUUGGUAAAGAUGUAUGUGCAAGAUAAGUUUAUCACUUGGCAGAUGACUUUGUGUGUUUGCACAUGCGCACAUGCACGGACGUAACGUGCAUGUUGAAUUUGGCAGGGUAAAAGAUUGAAGAUUGGUGUUUGAGGUGUCAUAGAUAGAGAACAGGAAGAUGAAUAUGAUGUGAGCAAUGAAAUAGAACAAGCAUGGACUAGCCAUUGGACUUGAACAAUAAUAAGCCCAAUCACCUAGGAUUUGGUUGGAUAUACUCUAAGAGAAAGAAAGUCAUAGCCAGAGAUAAUUAGUUACAUUUUGAGUUGACAAGUUUUUGAACCUUGUGAUUUGUCAAUUGAUUCAGACUGGUGCAUUGAUGGAGAAGAGGAAGAUGAUCUGGUUUUGGCGGAACAUGAUGUGAAGAAAAGUAUAUGAUUGUUCUUGAUAGGGUAGAACCAUAUAAAAACUGUGUCUGUCAGUUUCUGCAUCUUAUAAGUAGUAAAACUCAUUUUAUGUAAUUUGGUGUUGUCUUUAGUUUAUAUGAUGAUUGGUGAAUAAUACCUUGAGAAUAUUAAUCCACCAAUUUUUUUUAUGAAAUAUAAAUGUUUUUAUAGUUAUUAA